CCCUGCGCCCAAUCAGCAAACCACCGAGAGGCGAAGACCUUCCAUUUUCCUAGAAGGAACAAGUGGAUGUGGGGGGACCGGGGGAGGUGGUGGUGGUGGUGGUGAAUAGGACCGACCCGGAAGCGAAACGGAGGGAACUUCCGUUCUUUGUUCUGUCCCCGGUGUGUGGGUUUGUGACAGGGUCCGACGGGGCCUGGUCGGUGUCCGGCCCCCCAAAUCUCCCGUCCCUGCCCCCAGGUUGUAAUAGAUCCCUGAUUUGAUUCGCUUUUCAAGUGGGACUGAACACCGACCGGUGUUUCCAUUCUGAAGGGCAUGUGUAAACUCCGGGAGAGGAUAAGCAGGAUGCUGAACCUGAAGUCUGUGGGAUAAUUAGAGGAACUGAAGUCCUACAGCAUUGGCAUCAACUAAAGUCAGAAUUCCCAAGAACUUGAACAGAGGCUGCCAAGUUCCCAGUAACUGCUUCUCUGGCCGUUUAGAGACCAACUCCAGAGAAGGAAGGAAAGAAUCCAGGAGUGCUUCCUCAUUCUCAUUCAAAACCUGCUUCUUGCUGACUCUGCAAAUAGGAGACCAGAGAUCCGAGCUUCAAGCCCGACCCAUGGAAACUCAGGCUGAUCGAGUAUCUCAGGAACCUCAGGCCCUGCUUGAGAGUGCUCUUCCUUCCUCAAAAGUUCCUGCAUUUUCCGACAAGGACAGUCUGGGGGAUGAGAUGUUGGCAGCUGCACUGCUAAAGGCCAAGGCCCAGGAGUUGGUGACCUUUGAGGACGUGGCUGUGUAUUUCAUCCGGAAGGAGUGGAAGCGUUUGGAGCCUGCUCAGAGGGACCUCUAUAGGGAUGUGAUGCUGGAGAAUUACGGGAACGUGUUCUCCCUGGAUGGUGAGACCAGAACUGAACAUGAUCCAGAAAUUUCUGAAGAUACAGGAUCACACGGGGUGCUAUUGGGAAGAUUCCAAAAGGAUAUUUCUCAGGGUCUUAAGUUUGAAGAAGCCUAUGAACAAGAAGUCAGUCUGAAGAGGCAGCUGGGGAGCUCCUCUGGAGAGAGACUGAAUAGGAAGAUACAGGAUUUUGGUCAAGUGACAGUUGAGGAAAAGCGAACCCCCAUGGGAGGGAGAAGUGAGAAAUACAGCGAUCUGGGGAACAGCUUCACUGUGAGUUCCAACCUUAUUUCCCAGCAGAGACUUCCUGUGGGGGACAGACCCCAUAAGUGUGAUGAAUGUAGCAAGAGCUUUAAUCGAACUUCAGACCUUAUUCAGCAUCAGAGAAUCCACACCGGGGAGAAACCCUAUGAAUGUAGUGAGUGUGGGAAGGCCUUCAGCCAGAGCUCACAUCUUAUUCAGCAUCAGAGGAUCCACACUGGGGAGAAACCUUAUGAAUGUAACGACUGUGGGAAGACCUUCAGUUGCAGCUCUGCUCUCAUUCUCCACCGGAGGAUCCACACUGGAGAGAAACCCUAUGAAUGUAAUGAGUGUGGGAAAACCUUUAGCUGGAGCUCCACCCUCACUCACCACCAGAGAAUCCACACUGGAGAGAAACCCUAUGCUUGUAACGAGUGUGGGAAGGCCUUCAGCAGGAGCUCCACCCUUAUUCAUCACCAGAGAAUCCACACUGGAGAGAAGCCCUAUGAAUGUAACGAGUGUGGGAAGGCCUUCAGCCAGAGCUCACACCUCUAUCAGCACCAGAGGAUCCACACUGGAGAGAAGCCCUAUGAAUGUAUGGAAUGUGGAGGGAAGUUUACCUAUAGCUCAGGCCUUAUUCAGCAUCAAAGAAUCCACACAGGGGAGAAUCCCUAUGAAUGUAGUGAGUGUGGGAAAGCCUUUAGGUACAGCUCAGCUCUUGUUCGCCACCAGAGAAUUCACACUGGAGAGAAGCCUUUGAAUGUAAUGGGAGUGAGCAAAAGUUCUCUCCGAGUUACUGCUGAAUUAAAUAUCAGAGAGUCUACAUGAAA